CUUAAAAAAUUAAAAACCAGGGGCGAGGGCGAGGGCGAGGGCGACGCCUAUAUCUCCCUUUUGAGUAUUCAUCUUCUCUCAACCUUUACCUUCAGUAAGGCUAUUUUCUCGCUCUUCGUGUUCAACUGAAAAUCAUUACUGUUGCCUGUAAUCCGGUGCAUAGUACACACACAAUUGAAGCUUUUUCACUGCUCCGUUCUUCCCGUCGUAUUUCUCUCUGGCGUAGACUAAAAAUCUCGUGAUUGAAAUGGGUUUUACUCGAGGUGUGAAGCGUCCAAUUGAAAUGCUCUGUAAGAGACUGAAUACUCCUGUUAAUUGUAGCCAUAGUUAUUCUACUAGUCUAGUAUACAGGAAAAUGUCAUGUACCAAGUUCUCUGUUAAUAAACCUAUGGAUACUUCCAAUUAUUCCAAUCCAAUCCAUGGUAUUGGAAUCUUCUUUACUCGGAAUUACUCCUCUAAAGCAUCUGCACCAGAACAAAUGAAUCUAAUAAAGCAGCUUAGGGAGAGAACAAGUGCUCCCAUUAAAGAUGUGAAGUCUGCACUUAUUGCUUGCGACUGGGAUAUUGAGUCUGCACAGAAGGAAUUAAGAAAAAAAGGGGUUGUUAUUGCAUCAAAAAAGUCUUCUCGAAUCGCAGCAGAGGGUUUGCUUGCUUUGGCACAGAAAAAAGAGAAGGCUGUUGUUGUUGAACUCAAUUGUGAAUCUGACUUUGUUGCUAGGAAUGAAAUUUUUCAGUACAUGGCUUUAUCUUUGGCAAAGUCAGCUUUGUUGCUUGAAGGAUCGAAACAGUCUUCUUGUACUAUGCUUGUUGGACCCGAGUGUCUUGAGGAUUUGAAGAUGAAUCUUGACCAUCCUAAGUUAAAUGGAGAAAAAACAGUUCAAAAUGCAAUUACUGAACUAGCUGCAAUGAUGGGAGAGAAUGUCAGACUUGGAGGGGCUUUCACAAUGUUUGUGCCAUCAUAUGGUGUCUUGUCUACUUAUCUUCACCAGAGCCCCCAACCAGGUGUAGGACGUAUUGCAGGACUUCUAUCACUCGAGGUAGAGGAUCAAAAUGCUCCAAGGGAUGUUAUCCAGAGGGUUGGAUCAGAAAUAGCAAUGCAUGUGGUGGCUGCAAAGCCACUGUUCUUGGUGAAGGAAGAUGUUUCUUCUGAUGCAUUAGGCCAUGAGCGUGAGAUUCUCAAGUCUCAAGCAGAAAGUACAGGGAAGUCUCAGAUGGCCAUAGAUAAAAUGGUUGAAGGACGUUUAAGAAAGUAUUUCGAGGAAGUAGUUCUAAUGGAACAAAAGUUUGUCGUGGAUGACACUUUAAAUAUAAAGACGCUAUUAAAUAAUGUAUCCAAAGAAGUGGGGUCAGCGGUGAAGAUUGGAAACUAUCUAAGAAUGGAAGUUGGGGAAAGACUUAGAAGGCUUGAAGCUUCCAGUAAAACUGAAUCUCUGGCUGAGGCUGCUUAGAACUAGGUAAUAUAUCCCAUAAUAAGAUCUGGAUGUUAUUGUAGCACAUGGAGACAAUUUUUAGCCCGAUAACUUUUUCUUGUGCGCACGAUUAAGUACUGGCACUUAUAAUCGAUG